AAGUUGUUUUCCUAACGGGGUAUUUGUACAUUCAACCUAUAGGAUACCCUUUAUAUACCACGAUUUGGCUACAACCUCUUCUCUUCAAACAUAGAUCCUUCCUCUCGUUUCUUUCCAUGGGCUUCCUUGUAUACUUGUUUAUUCUCUUUCUUUUAUCCAUUUUUAUUUCCUUCCUUAUAGUUCUACAUAUAUCUCGACACCAGAAUUCUGUCAUCCCUAUUAAUUGGCCACUUCUUGGUUCAUUACCGGCUACCAUUGUUAAUGCCCACCGACUCCAUGAUUACGCCACCGAUAUUCUGACAUGUAAUGAUGGUACGUUCGUGUUCAAAAGCCCAUUGACAACCAACACGAAUAAGCUUUGCACCACAAAUCCUUUAGACGUCCAUCACAUAAUGAGCAAGAACUUCUCUAAUUAUCCACGAGGUCAUAGAUUUCGUAAGAUCUUUGAUAUCCUUGGAGAUGGAUUCUCUAAUACUGAUGGAGACUUAUGGCAUUUCCAUCGUAGAACAAUAAUGCCUCUCCUGAAGUCCCCUUGUUUUGGUAGUCUCUUAGAAGAUGUAAUAUGGAACAAGGUGGAAAGUGGGUUAUUGCCUGUACUAGAAUAUCUUUCCAUGCAAGAGGUGGAGAUUGAUUUACAGGAUAUAUUUGAGAGGUUCUCUUUUGAUACCAUAUGCAAAUUGCUUUUGGAUCACGACCCUAAAAGCAUUUCUCUCGAUUUUCCUUACAUUCCAUGCGAGAAGGCUUUAUCAGAAAUGGCAGAAGUGAUGUUUUGGAGGUAUAUCAUGCCUCGAAACGUAAGGAAAUUGCAACAACUACUUAGAGUGGGGAAUGAGAAGAAGUUGAGUGAUGCAUGGAAAACCCUUGAUCAAUUUAUAUACACAAUCGUAGCCCAAAAACAAGACGAGUUAAAUGAACUGAUGAAGUGUGAAUUCAAAGAUGAAAAAUUCAAAUUAUCAACAGCUCUCCUGAGAGAGUAUAAAGACCAAGGUGGAAGUUCUGGGAACCCUGACAAGUUUUUGAGGGACGUCUUACUGAAUCUGUUGAUUGCAGGAAGAGAUACCACCAGCAGCGCCCUCUCUUGGUUCUUUUAUCUUCUUGCCAAAAAUCCUAUGAUAGAAGAUAAGAUCAGGGAAGAGCUUCACAGAGAACUAGAGAAGAAGAUUAAUGUGGGUAAGAAAGAUUUUCGUGCAUUCGAGUUUGACAAACUAGUUUAUCUUCAUGGCGCAUUAUCUGAAGCCUUAAGGUUAUUCCCUCCUGUUCCUUAUCAACACAAAACUCCAUUACAACCGGAUAUUCUUCCAAGCGGCCAUCAAGUUGAUCGGAAAACCAUGAUUAUCCUAUCUUAUUAUAGCAUGGGAAGGAUGAAAUCCAUAUGGGGGGACGAUUGCAUGGAAUUUAAGCCCGAAAGGUGGAUUUCAGUGGAUGGAAGAAUCAUACGUCAACCAUCUUACAAGUUUCCUGCAUUUAAUGCUGGGCCAAGAGCUUGUUUAGGUAAGAACAUGAGUUUCACUCAGCUGAAGAUAGUGGCAGCCACAAUCAUAUGCCAUUACCAUGUCGAUCUUGUGGAAGGACACCUCGUGUUUCCAAGUAACUCCGUUAUACUCAAGAUGAAGAACGGUUUGAAAGUUACGUUAACUAAAAGAGAAGUGAAGUAAAAAUGUAAGUGAUUGGUUUGUUGUUUGUCGUUUGUGUGUUUAAGUUUAUGGUUCUACUCUCUAAAUAAUAGCUUUGGGACAUGUAUGUACCAGCGGUUUGCAUAAA